UAUUUUUCACUCCUACUCUGGCUUCCGGACGCCAAGAUAGACCGCUGCCGCCGAAUUUAAAGAGACAGGCGAUAGUUAUUUUAAAUACGUUAAACGGCAACCAUUGUCCCCGAGCUUAUUUUCCGACGCUUUAUGUCUCCGCUUGUUUAAUUCGAUGGCGAUGUUGAAUCAAAGUCGCGGCGAGUAACAGCUUGUCUGUCAUCACUCGCUACUCUUCUGGAUUUCCCGUCCUUUUUGCCUCUGUGCCGAGACUAUCCAGCCAGGCAAAGUAGGGUUGCUCGCUGGCAGGCUGGCUUCCCGACCGAGAGCAAGGUUUGUCUGCUAGCCAACAACUGGAGGUAACAUCGAAGCUUCCCUCUUAAGUUGUGGUAGCGGCUCUCGAGCCUCCUCUCGCCGGGAUAAUGGCGAAGAUUCAGGCGCACAGCACCGCGAAGCAAAUAAACCAAAUCCAAGACAAGCCUUACGUUAUAACACAAAAGCAAGUGCAGCAGCAGCACUUCCAGAAGCUCAAGGUUGAAGAUGCCUUGUCAUACCUGGACCAGGUCAAAAUUCGUUUUGCCAACGAUCCUGGCAUAUACAACAAGUUUCUCGACAUCAUGAAAGAGUUCAAGUCGCAGAGCAUUGACACUCCGGGGGUAAUAAACCGCGUGUCACAGCUCUUUCAUGGACACCCAGACCUGGUCUUGGGCUUCAAUGCCUUCCUACCACCAGGCUAUCGGAUAGAGGUUCCAAAAAAUGGGAUUGCCUUUCUUCAGUCUCCAGUUUCUGCACAGGUGUCCCCGGGUCAGCAGGGGAAGAGUGUGAGCACCCCGGCAGUGGCUGUGACCUCAGGCGGUGCUGCUCACACCGAAGCCGGACCGGCCCACAGCAGCGAGGUUAAAGCAGCCUCCUCAGACUCCCUCUCCUCCACCUCUGCUGGACCUCCAGAGCCUCCCACUAGACUCUCUCUUCCACUGAUGAGCAGAGAGAGCCAGAACCAGGCCACCACCUCCUCCGUGUCCCCACCAGCUUCAGAAACCAGCCCUGUAGAGUUUGACAGUGCCAUCAGCUACGUCAACAAGAUUAAAAACCGAUUCCUGGACCACCCAGAGAUUUAUAGAGCGUUCCUGGAGAUCCUUCACACGUAUCAGAAGGAGCAGCUGGAGGUGAAGGAGAGUAGGGGCAGCCGAGGCAGCAGCGGGAUGACCGAAGACGAGGUGUUCUCUAAAGUGGCCAGUCUCUUCAAGGGACAAGAGGACCUGCUGGCCGAGUUUGGACAGUUCUUGCCUGACGCCAAGAGAUCACUGUUUACAGGGAGCUCUCUGACUGCAGGGAAAGAGCAGCUGAAAAGGUCUGAGGAAGAGGACGCCAUAACCAAACAGAAUAAAAAGAGACCCAGGCCCAUUCUCCUACAGCAUAUGUCCCCACUGCUCAAGAAAAAAAUGAAGUAUUCGUGUACCAAAGAUCCGUCUUUUGCUUCAGUUGGCAAACAUGGAGUCUUAAGAGAAUUCUCUUUCUUUGAUAAGGUCCGUCGCCUGUUUAAAAGCCAGGAAGUGUAUGAGAACUUCCUGCGCUGCAUCGCCUUGUUUAACCAGGAAGUAGUUUCUGGAGCAGAGCUGCUACAACUUGUCACUCCUUUCUUGGGGAAGUUUCCUGAGCUUUAUACACAGUUCAAGUCAUUUCUGGGAGACAAAGAGCUCUCUCAUGCUGUGUCGGGGCUGUCGGAUCGUUACAUGGAAGGGGGAGGGGGCAGAGAGGUGGAUUAUGCCUCUUGCAAGCGCCUGGGGUCCAGCUAUAGAGCAUUGCCCAAGACCUAUCAGCAGCCUAAAUGCAGUGGGCGCACUGCCCUAUGCAAAGAGGUACUGAACGACACGUGGGUGUCAUUCCCCUCCUGGUCAGAGGACUCCACCUUUGUUAGCUCGAAGAAGACUCCUUAUGAGGAACAGCUGCAUCGCUGUGAGGAUGAACGAUUUGAGUUGGAUGUUGUUCUGGAGACAAACUUGGCAACCAUCAGGGUAUUAGAGAGUGUGCAGAAGAAGCUGUCCCGCCUGUCACCAGAAGACCAGGACAGAUUCAGAUUAGACGACUGCCUGGGCGGCACCUCUGAGGUCAUCCAGCGUCGUGCUGUGUAUCGUAUCUAUGGUGACAAAGCCCCUGAGAUCAUUGAAGGACUGAAAAGGAGUCCUGCUACCGCUGUGCCUGUGGUGCUGAAGAGGUUGAAAGCCAAGGAGGAGGAGUGGAGAGAGGCUCAGCAGGGUUUCAAUAAGAUAUGGAGGGAGCAGUAUGAGAAAGCCUACCUGAAGUCUCUCGACCACCAAGGAGUCAACUUCAAACAGAAUGACAUGAAGGCACUGCGGUCAAAGAGUCUCCUCAAUGAGAUAGAAAGCAUCUAUGACGAGCGUCAGGAGCAGAGCACAGAGGAGGGUGGAGUCGGCCAGCAGAGCCGGAACGGCUCCGGCUCUGCCUCCUCCACUGAACCCCACAUGGUGUUUACGUAUGAGGAUAAGCAGAUCCUAGAAGAUGCUGCCUCCCUGAUCAUCUACCACGUCAAACGCCAGCCCACCAUCCACAAAGACGACAAGGACCACAUAAAGCGCAUCAUCCAGCACUUUGUCCCCGACCUCUUCUUCUCCCGCCGCGGGGAGCUGAGCGACACCGAGGACUGGACAGAUGAGGAAGCUGACCCGGAUGAAGGAGGAGAGAGGAGGAGUGGAUCCUCAGCAGCUGUGUCAGUAGCGGGAGGAAACGGUAAUCCCAGCAAUGCUCCGGAGGCAGCGGCCACCACGGGGGGCCAGUCUCAGCCCCAGCCAGCGCAGUCCCAACAGCAGCAGCAACUCAACGGAGAGUCCAGGAGAAGGCGCUGCAGUCCAUCUCAGCCGGCCGACACCGAGACAUCCAACACGUCCAGCAGCCUGAGCCAGCCUGCAGGGACCGCCACAUCCAACCCCGGGUCUGCGCCUAUGGAGACGGGCCCCGGAGUGGUGGGCGAGAAAGUGGACCUCCGAGACCCUGAAGCGGAACACCAGAAGGAGCUGGACGGGGUCUACAACCUCUUCUUCGUCAACAACAACUGGUAUUUCUUUUUGCGGCUGCACCAGACUCUGUGCUCGCGGCUGCUGAGGGUCUACCGGCAGGCUGAGCGGCAGCUGCUGGAGCACCGGGCCGAGCAGAGCCGGGAGAGGCUGCUGAUGGCAGAGGGAAGGAGGGAGAAGGCAUGUGACCUGGCCAUGGAGCUGCGCCUUAAACAGCCCAGUGAGGUGGAGCUGGAGGAGUACUACCCAGCCUUCCUGGACAUGGUGCGCAGUCUGCUGGAUGGCAACCUGGACUCCACACAGUAUGAGGACACGCUGAGGGAAAUGUUCACCAUCCACGCCUACAUUGGCUUCACCAUUGACAAGGUCAUCCACAACAUCAUCCGGCAGCUGCAGCACCUUGUGAGCGACGAGGUGUGCCUGCAGGUGGUGGAGCUGUACCUGGCUGAGAGGAAGCGAGGGGCAGCAGGUGGGAACCUUUCCUCUCAGUGUGUGAGAGCCGCAUGGGAGACCAGCUACCAGUGGAGAGCAGAGAGAGUCAUGGCUGAGGAGAACUGCUUCAAGGUGAUGUUUCUCCAAAACAAAGGCCAGGUGACGUUGACCGUGGAGCUGCUGGACACUGAGGAGGCUCAGGCUGACGAUCCGCUGGAUGUUCAGUGCCUGUCAAGCUACAUGGAACAGUUUGUUGGAACAGAGUCCAGCCUGUGCUCCCAAGCAGAAGGAUACUUCUUCAAGCCUGUGUUUCUCCCCAGGAACCUGCGGAGCUUCCGGCGCUGGCAGGUGCGGCAGGUGGAGGCCAUGCGCUGCCGGAGAGAGUGGCACCGGCAGCUCGGAGUGGAAAAUGCCGGCAGCCUGGACUGUCGAUUCAAACUCAACACUCACAAAAUGGUGUUUGUCAUGAACUCUGAGGACUACAUGUACCGCCGCGGGGCGCUGGUGAAGGCCAGGAAGUCCCAGCACAGGGUGGCAGUAAUCCAGCACCAGCGCUUUGACAAGUGGCACCAGGGCUGGCUGGCCGACCACGUCACGGCCUCAGCCGAGCGCUCGGUCCAGAACUGGCUAAUGGGGGAGGAGGAGGAGGACUUCCUACCGUGCAAGACCACCUGUCUGUCUACUGAGGUCAAAGGACAGAUGGUCAACAGAUACCAGGUUCAUUACAGCAGUAGCAAAGCCCCUUCCUCACCGUGAAGGUGUGCUGAGUGCCGGACACAGGACUCACUCACAGAGGUAAAUGCAUGGACUCUGAGGACAUCUGUACACUAAACACAGACAUAAACAGCUGCAGGGCCACCGCUCUGCCUCCCUCCACAACCCGUUCACUCCUUCACCUCUACUAACGAAUGGAGGGACUGUCACACUUGGUGAGUGGGUGAACGGGUGCAUGGGGGGGUGCGGUAGUGCUGCGGAGACAGGGCCGACAGACAGUGGGUGAGGGUUCAGAGUGAGCUCUGUCCUGAUGGAUGGGAGGAAUUGGACACAACGGCACAAACGGAGCUCAUCUGCAGCAUCUUCAAUAUUCUAUCUUCUCACGUGGCACUAAAGUUAAUGAGACUGGACAGAAAUGGUUGAUCAGGUGAGACGUCAUGUGAUCAUCAGGUUUGUUUCAGAAAUGUGAAUGUUGUCUUUUUUCACCCUUUAUUUCUUUCAUGUCGAGUGUAGUUUUUAGCUUCUAAAGCCAGAGCCUUCUGCCUGUUGGUUGAUUUCUGCGUGUUUAUAUGGAGAGUUGAUGGUAAACGUGUGUAUGUAUGUGUAUCCUGCUCUCUUCAUUUUGUCUGUUUGCAGGGCCACGACAGGUUCUACAACUAUAAUAACUGCAUUAUUACUGUAUGUGCAUAUAUACAGGGAUCCUGUAUUUUUCUAUAUGCAUCAACACACUCAAAGAUCAUGUGGUUCCUUACAGUGUUUGCUGUCAGCCAACUCUUGGUGUUUGUGUUUUGGUUCAUUUAUUUUUUAUUUUUUAAUUUGUAUUAUUUCCCCUUUUUUGUGUUGUACCUAAACAAGUUAUCACCAGUGCAACAAGGAGUCAUUCAGAUUAAUCAGUUUGAUAUUGAUGAAGCAGUCAAAUUAUGUAUCAGUCAUGAUUUCACCAAAUCUAUCUUUUGCAUUUCCUUUUUUGUUUUUUUGCAUACUGACAUUGAAAAUAAAAGCAAAAUAUCAUCAGUGUUAAAACAGAAUGUAUAAUGUUUAUCCUGUAUCAGUUAUCAGAGAAUAAACAACCUAGUUGUGACCUUCUUAGA